UUUUCGUAAACAACAAAAACAACAACCAAGUGUUAAUGUUUUAUUAUUCGAAUUGUGAUUAAAUUUUUUCUUUCCUUCUUAAUUUGGAAUGUAACCCGAUACAUUCUGGUUUCGUCGUCGUCGUCGUCAUAGCAAUCAUUUCUUUGUUGUUUUCUUAAUUUGUACAUUUCAUGAGUCCCUAUUUUUGGCAAUGAUUUGAUCUAUUUUUCAAUUUUUAUCUUUAUUUUUCAGUCAUAAACAAUUUUUGAUUUGAAAUUUUUACAAAAAGAAAAAGACAACAGCAGCAACAAAAUGGCUAUCGAAGACACAUUUGGCUAUCGUUUCGUGAGAAUGUCACUAAUGUUAUUGAAUUGUUUAGUAUUGAUACGAUUAAUAUCAUUACUAUUGCAAUAUUCACACAUAUUCGAUCCAACAUUUGUUUUGUUCAUAUUAUUGAUUGGCUCUAAUUUUAUGGCAGCAAUCAUUGGUUCAUUUCGUGAACAUCGAAUUACCGUGCUGAUAACCGGUAGCCUGACAUUGAUAAUGUUUUUGUCACUAUUAUUUACGAAUAAAGAGAAUAAAAAUCUCAAUGUAUCAUUAUUCACCCUUUUGGCUAUCGCUGCUCAAUCGUUAAUAUUUUCCGAAAUGCUUAAAGAACGACAAAUAUUUGCUCAAAGACAAAAUUUGGAUCUAUGGAGUGCAGCAACAACAUCAUCAUCACGUCGACAACAUACAUCAACAACAACCAAUGGUCCAUUAACCGCUGUUGUUGUAUAUCAACCUCCGGGUAGUACAAAUCGUAGCCAAACCGGUGGUAUAUUUAUGGUCGAUCCAAUAUUGGGUACAGAAUUACCGAAAGAUCCACCACCGUCAUAUUUUGCAGCUAGCUGUCCACCACCGAAAUACGAAGAUGCGAUCAAAUUGAAUGCCUCAAACAUUGUUCUACCACAACUAGUACAACAACAAGCAGCAGCACCAAACGCUGUUACUUCUCCGGAGGAAGUACUUCCCACCAAUUCAUCUACAACAGCAACAACAACAACAACGACCUCAUCAUCGUCAUCAUCAUCAUCACCAUCCAUUCCAGAGGAUAAUACUAAUACUAACAAUAAUGAAACAAAUGUGACAACCUCAUCGAACAAUACGACCAACAAUAAUAAUCAAAUACGAACAACGGAAACAAUAUCAGCAGCUGUAGCUGCAGCGGCUGCCAUAGCUCAGCAACAACAAAAAGAAGAUAAUGAUCCUAAACAAGAGCAGAAAGUGGAUUGAUUUAUGCCCAAUGUAUCAAAUGAACUCUUUUAUCAUCAUCAUCAUCAUCAUUGAGUAGCAUCUGCAUUUAUGGAAGGACAGAAUCUCAUCAUUUGUUUGU